GGAAUGUCUCGGUCGUUACAUGGCGAACCCCUGUAGAGGAUUCAUGACGGCAGCUUGCAAUUUGACCGAUGAAGGCAAGCGUUGUGGCAGCGGCGGCGGUGUUCGGCCUCACGGCGUACUUAACGACGGCCUGUACGAUGAUCGCAGUGGGAAAGAAGGCAACCGUCGAUGGCUCGACGAUUGUCACGCACAACGACGACGCCGGUAGCGUCACGGCGGACUUGAGGCUCGUGGUGGUCCCUGCCAAGGCACACCACGACAGCAUCAAUCGAUCGGUGUACCGCUUGCAAGGCGGGUACCCUCGCGUGGUCGCCGCGGAUCGGAGUCCGCAGUACGCCGCCAAGGCUGGAGAGAACGAGUCGACACCGCUGGGGUUCAUUCCACAAAUCGAGAAGACGUACAGCUACAUUGCACAAGAGUACGCAAUCGUGAACCAAGUGCAGCUGUCCAUUGGCGAAAGCACGUGCAACGCCCGGACCACAGGAUGGCCGACGUCCAUUCCUGGAGGCCGCGCCAUGUUUGGACUUGGGGAGCUCACGAGUGUGGCCAUGGAGCGAUGCGACAGCGCUCGAUGUGCGAUCCGAUUGAUGGGGUCGUUGGCAGAAACCUACGGGUUUUACAGUGAAUAUGGCGGCACCCCCGAUGCCCCCGGGUUCGACUCCGAAGCGCUGGGGAUCACAGAUCGAUAUGGAGAAGUGUGGGUGUUUCACAUCUUGGCAGGACCAAAUGGGAACGGAGGGGCAAUCUGGGCCGCCCAGAGAGUGCCAGACAACCACGUGGCGGUGGUAGCCAACCAUUUCACGAUCAGCGCCAUGAACUUGACCGAUUCCGACUGGUUUUUGGCGUCUUCAAAUGUCAUUUCAACUGCCAUUGACCACGGAUGGUACACCCCCAAGAACAAUGCGUCGCAUGCCGACUUUUCAUUCAAAGCAGCGUAUGCAAAGCCACCAACGGUGUCGCCACUGUUGUACACGGAUGGCCGCACGUGGCGCGUUUACAGCACGUUUGCACGUUCCCAGAACGUUCCGGCGACCUUUGGCUACAUGAAGGACUACCCUGAGUAUCCGUUUUCGGUCCCCGUGGACGAGUUGAUCUCUCUUGAAGCGAUCACGACGCUGCUUCGAGAUCAAUACGAAGACACCGAGUACGACUUGACCCAAGGAUUGGCAGCGGGACCGUUUGAUAGCCCCCUGCGGUACUCUGGGUACACCACAGGAGUGCAUGGAGGUUGGAUGAACCCCAUCUCUGUCCAUCGAACGCUGUACAGCUACGCCGUUCAAGCCAAGCAGCCCCCUCACGUGACCAACACUGCAAAACCGGCGGCAAUGUCGGACAACGAGGCACCGCGCCAUCAUCCCACGACCAAGGUGCACAUCCACGAGAUCGAUGCGUUGCUGGGAAUGCUUUGGUUUGGCCAAAGUGCUCCCCACGGUACUGUGUACUUGCCAUUUUCUUGUGCGCAGACGUCACUGCCUGAGUCGUUUCACGAUCGCGCGGGAUACCAAGGCGAGUUUGCCCUUGGGUCUGCUUGGUGGGCGUUCAAUUUGGUACGAACCAGAUCCGUAUUGGUUGUAACGUUAAUAGUAUUAAUAGUAUGACCCAUCGAUUGAACGCUGUGAAUGCAGGUCAACAAUUGGCGAACGAUCCGAUACAAUGCCAUCAGCCACGACGUGAACAAGUUCAUCGCCACGUACCAAAAGGAAGCGUUUUCGCUCGUCCAACGUCGCGACAGUCGUGACAAUGACCUCCGCCAUGGAGACCUCGACGCUCUGCACAACGGAUUUGCAUCACGAGUGGUCGACGCUCGAUGGAAGUUGGCAUGGAAACUCAUCUCCAAGUACAGCGAUGGUUACGUGACUCCGGACAAGGAAGGGCCCAUGAAGUCACUGGGGUACCCUGCAUGGUGGCUCAACCAAACCAACUACGUGCAAUGGGUCAAGCCACCAGUAGACGUGGUCGUUCCUCUUGCUGCACACUUGAACCGACAACAUGCCGCUCCAGAGAGUGUUGCGGGUGGACUGAUAGUACCUCUUCUUGGCGGCUUUGUGCUAGGUUUCGUUGCCCAUGUGCUGUAUCAAAACCAUCGCCGCUAUGAGUACCGUGCUCUCGCGUAAAUGGGCUGUGAAGUGGUAGCGACAAGGUGUCGAAUAAGUGAAUGAACUGAUGAGACUCCUGCGAGCUUGUGCCAGGUGCAGUCAUAGAUAUGUAGUCCAUGUAGCUACUGCAGCUGGCUUGAUGCCAUUUUAACUUCAG